AUAAAUACUCCCAAAAUGAAACACCCGGAGGCCAUUGCUAGUAGGGUGAUGUUGGGCGUUCGGUGGAGCGGCUGCGGCCUUUGCGCCGCCCAUGUUUUGCGAUGGCCGACCACCGCUACGUCAUCCCCGUCUCCUCUCUUAGAUCCGACCACCUUUCACCUCCGGCGCCUGUUCCUAAACCUCAGCGGAGAUUCCAGCGGUGGCCGAAGUUGGCCGUGCUGCCCAGUGACCAAUGAGGUAAGCUCUGUGGCAGCGAGGAGCACUGAGGUGAUCGAGAUGGAGUACGCCGACCUCAACCUCAAGGAUUUCUACGGCGUCAAUCCUCAGUUAGGUCAUCUUCGGAUCCGGCAGCAUGUGAAUCCCCUCAGUUCUUCUUUCUCGGCACCGGCGGAGAUACCGGAUUGGAAGGAAGUUUUCAGGGAUGCAACGUUACCGCUAAUGGUGGAUAUUGGGAGUGGUAGCGGUAGGUUUCUUCUGUGGCUUGCGAAAAAUUGUCCUGAAACAAGAAAUUAUCUGGGACUGGAGAUCCGACAAAAGCUGGUACAACGCUCGCAGUUUUGGGUGAAGGAAUUGCGUCUUAAAAACAUAAUCGUGAGGCACCUUAAAACAGAAUCGCGGCACUUGCAUGUUGGUGAUACUCAGUGCAGGGAGACUUCAAUGGAAGUUUUAUCCCUAUUAAAAGCUUGUCUCACUCGGAAAUGUUCAUGUUUGAGCAGCCAUUUCAUGUUUGCCAAUGCCAUGGUAUCUUUUGAGUCGUUAGUCGCCUCGUAUCCUGGUCCUCUUACGCUAGUCUCAAUUCUGGUGGUGAAUUUAAUCCUCCAGUGCCCAGACCCCCAUUUCAAGAAAAAGCACCAUAAAAGGAGAGUUCUCCAGGAACCCUUGGUCAAUUCCAUUGCCGAGAAUUUGAGCAGAGGAGGAACGGUCUUUGUGCAAUCGGAUGUGCUUGAAGUCGCACUCGACAUGAGGAACCAGUUUGACGAUCGUCCGGAUAUCUUUAGCCAUGUCAAUGUUAUUGGCGACAAGCCUUCGUGCGAUUCUCAAGGCUGGGUCUUGCACAACCCCAUGGGCAUACGGACCGAAAGAGAGAUCCAUGCGAAGCUCGAAGGGGCUAGAAUCUACCGGAGAAUAUAUGAAAAGGUCAAGUGAUAUUUUCUUUGUCCUAAUCAUAUGGCUAAGGCUCUUACUUUACAAGUUAAAUUAAGUGAACUCCAGGUAAGCGAGCAUUAGUUAUAUCCUUCGUUCAAAAUUGUUUGCACCUGAAGGUCGGAGAUAUACAUUGCAUUGCGAAUAUAUUUUACAAGUGAUAGCUAAGGAAUCGACCUUCUUCAGCAGUUC